GGGACGGCAGCUCCGUCCCUGUGUCCGUCUAUUUGUCGGGGCGGUGGGGGCUGCCCUGACGCCUCCCACCCCUCUUUUUCUCUCCGCAGGGACCAGCGCGAGGAGGAGCUGGGCGAAUAUUACAUGAAAAAAUACGCCAAGUCCUCGGUGGGAGAGACUGUUUACGGUGGUUCUGACGAGCUCUCGGAUGACAUCACGCAGCAGCAGCUGCUGCCUGGAGUUAAGGACCCCAAUCUCUGGACUGUGAAAUGCAAGAUUGGCGAGGAACGUGCCACAGCCAUCGCCCUCAUGCGGAAAUUCAUUGCUUACCAGUUCACCGACACACCCCUGCAGAUCAAGUCGGUGGUGGCCCCCGAGCACGUCAAGGGUUAUAUUUACGUGGAAGCCUACAAGCAGACGCACGUCAAGCAAGCGAUUGAGGGAGUGGGCAACCUGCGCAUGGGUUACUGGAACCAGCAAAUGGUCCCCAUCAAGGAGAUGACCGACGUCCUGAAGGUGGUGAAAGAGGUCACCAACCUCAAACCCAAAUCUUGGGUGCGCCUCAAGAGGGGAAUCUACAAAGAUGACAUCGCCCAGGUGGAUUACGUGGAGCCCAGCCAGAACCAAAUUUCCCUCAAGAUGAUUCCUCGCAUCGACUUUGACCGGAUCAAAGCUCGCAUGAGCCUGAAAGACUGGUUUGCCAAGAGGAAGAAGUUCAAGCGACCACCACAGCGACUUUUUGAUGCCGAGAAGAUCCGGUCCCUGGGAGGUGAUGUGGCAUCCGAUGGUGACUUUCUCAUCUUUGAAGGCAACCGCUACAGCCGCAAAGGAUUCCUCUUCAAGAGCUUUGCCAUGUCGGCUGUGAUAACGGAGGGGGUGAAGCCCACCUUGUCGGAGCUGGAGAAGUUUGAGGACCAACCUGAAGGCAUCGACCUGGAAGUGGUGACAGAGAGCACGGGGAAGGAACGAGAGCACAACUUCCAGCCCGGUGACAACGUGGAGGUGUGCGAGGGCGAGCUGAUCAACUUGCAAGGCAAAAUUCUCAGUGUCGACGGCAACAAGAUCACCAUCAUGCCCAAACACGAGGACUUGAAGGACAUGCUGGAGUUCCCAGCUCAGGAGCUGCGCAAGUAUUUUAAGAUGGGCGACCACGUCAAGGUGAUCGCAGGACGUUUCGAGGGCGACACGGGGCUGAUUGUGAGGGUGGAGGAAAACUUCGUCAUCCUUUUCUCUGACCUCACCAUGCACGAGCUCAAGGUUCUGCCGCGGGACCUGCAGCUCUGCUCAGAGACGGCAUCCGGCGUGGAUGUUGGGGGGCAGCACGAGUGGGGUGAGCUGGUGCAGCUGGACCCCCAAACCGUGGGUGUCAUCGUCCGCCUGGAACGGGAGACCUUCCAGGUGCUGAACAUGUAUGGGAAGGUGGUGACAGUGAGGCACCAAGCCGUCACCAGGAAAAAAGACAACCGCUUCGCCGUCGCCCUCGACUCGGAGCAGAACAACAUCCACGUCAAGGACAUCGUUAAAGUCAUAGACGGGCCUCAC